AUGAAGAAGAGAACUGGCUGGUGGGGCAGCAGCAUGAGGUCUGUGGUGGGCUUCCUGUCACAGCAGGGCUUGCGAGAUGAAAAGCCCAGUGCCCCAGCAAAGCAUGCUGGUACCUACAUUGGAGAAGAUAACUAUGACUACCCACAGAUCAAAGUGGAUGAUCUCUCUCCCUCACCAGCCUCCUCCCCAGAACGUAGUGCCUCCAACAUGGAGAUUCACCCCAGAUGGGCAUCCCCAUCUUCUGACAUGGAGUCAGUUGAGUGGAAAAUCUACAGAGCUUACAAAUGGCUCCACUACUCCUACAUCUCCUAUUCAACUGGUAAAGAUGAAGAGACUUCCUUAGGGGUUGGGAAGACAGAUGAGGGAAAACCUGGGACAAGUGAGAAAAGCAACCCUACCCCUUCUUCCAGUAAAAGUGGUUUGAGUGUAGCUUCUCCCCAAGGCAACCAGGAUCUUCCCUCUGAAGGCCAAGGCAGGAAAGCUUUGAAAGAAAGCAGUCCUACCACAAAUUCUAGUAAUGGCCAAGGCUGUGAUCGUGACAACCACCCGUGUUCAGAGGAACAAGAAGGCACAUCCCGGAACACCAAUAAUAGCAGCUCUAUUGAACACACUUUCAAGACCAAGAAGCUCAAUGGAAAAGCCCUCUGCAAAGCCUUGAGUGAGAGGUCUGAGGAGCAACCCUUGUCCACAGCUCCCAAAGGAUCCUGCCUGGCCCUCAGUAGUGGAUCCACUGGCUGUCCUAGGACCCAGACUGAUGACAGUGAAGAAAGGAACCUUGAAACUGUCUGCCCCAACCACAACAAUGGACACUUCCACCCUCAGCCCCUUCACCUCCACAACAAUGGACAGAAUUUUGGGAAGUCUGAGGCAGUCACCCACUUCCCAGGACACUCACAUGCUGACAGUGACAACGUGCUCCUGCCUGGGGCACUCUUGCACAAAGACUGUGAGGACCACAGCACUAGUACUAAAGAGGACCCAACCAAACCUCACUUGCCAGACAGCAGGAGCACCCAUGGACGAAGUGAACUCAAAAGGCACCAUGGGGAAUUGGAAGACACAGAUUCAGAGAAUUCCUGCUCAGAGAAGAAAUUAAAAACACGAUAAAUACAAGAGGGGAAAAAGAGCCUGCAGAAAGAACCCUUAUAAAAAAAAGAAAAAACAAGAAAAAAUCCUGUUUAGUAAACAC